AAAAAACAUUUCCUAUUGCUAAAUGAGUGGCUGAAUUUGGUAAUUAUAAUGUAUGACUAAAAUCAAAGGAAGAAAAUUUUGAUUACUUAAUAGUAUUAUGCAUCAUCUUUUUUCUCAUAUAAGCUGGUAAUCUAGUCCCGUACAAUGCUCAAUAUCUUAGACCAUGAAAAAAUUCCUCCCUUUUCCUUUUGAAAAGGACAAAAAGAACGUAUGUUUAGGGGAUUUUCAUUAGUUUAAGCUUAGUUAGCUUCUUAAUUUGCUCUGCUCGUUUGGUACUGGAACCUUGCAGAAACAUUUUUUGAGCACUGGGAAAUAUUCAUCAAGUUGUAGUAAAAUAAGUUGAUGAACAGAGCGAAGAGACGACAAGUUUCUCUGAGAGAAUUUGUAUGGAAAGUGCCAGACAGAGGCAAGGUAUCAGUUGAUUGGGAACCAAGGAAGGAAGCCUUCGCCCUUUCUACCUACCCACAGGCCACCGCUUCUUAGUAGUCUCUUCGUAACUCUCCUCAACACGUAUUCUCUCACUUUUAUAAAACUCACACUAAUCAUCUUUCAGCUUCUUAAUACCCCAGUCAAAGACCAAGAAGUGAUAUAUGGCAUCUCCUACCGGUGCACUUUCGACCAUCUUGUUUGCCUGCCUUGUAGUUGUAACAGGGAUAAUGCUUGCCGAGUCCACGAACUUGACCAUUAUAAACGGCUGCAACGAAACCAUAUGGCCCGGUAUAACACCAAACGACAAUUCAGCACCAGAUACCAACAUCAGCGGAGGUGGUUUUCAAUUGAAGCCUGACCAAUCCGUUGUAUUUUCAGCUCCACCUGGAUGGAAUGGCAGAAUAUGGGGAAGAACCGGGUGCGACUUUGACAAAGAUGGCAGUGGUAAAUGCGAAACUGGUGACUGCGGAAGCACCCUAAAAUGCAAAACUCCGGGGCAACCGCCUGCUUCAAUUGCCCAAUUUGCCUUCGGUAACCUUGAUUAUUAUGAUGUUAGCCUUGUCGAUGGCUUCAACUUGCCAAUCACGGUAAAACCAAUAUCCGGAAAAGGAAAUUGCAGCACCGCAGGUUGCGACAGUGACCUCAGGCCCCAUUGUCCACCGGAGCUUGCAGUCAAUUCCAGUGGGAAAUCUAUCGCCUGCAACAGUGCUUGUAAUGUGUUCAACACAGACGAGUACUGUUGCAGAGGAGCAUUCUCAACUCCCCUCACCUGCGUGCCAACAAAUUAUUCGAGGACGUUCAAGACCGCAUGCCCUGCAGCUUAUAGCUAUGCCUACGAUGACCCCUCCAGUAUCAUCACCUGUUCUGCUACAGACUAUGUAGUCACAUUUUGCUCGUCAACGAAUCAAACACGGUGCACAUAUCAUGACAGGACGCUUACCUGUAAUGAAGCAAAGGGUCCAACCACAUUUUCUCUUGUGGGGAACAUGCUGCUGCUAGCUUUACCAACCGUAUUGAACCUAGGAUCUAUGUUUUGAUAGAUAAUCUUAGUGCAGGACAAAUUUUGGCAAUGGAAUGUUGUUCCCCUUUAUCAUGUACUUAAUUCCUUUUUGCUAUAGUGGUGAUUUUACGUUUAGUGCC